AUGCCCGCAAUCUCUCGCUCUGCUUCGGCAGACCCACUCCCGCGCGCCGCCACCGCUACCACCAACGACGCUGCUGCAGAUGCUCGUCCAACCCAGGCCGAUCAGGCUUCGGCCUCGACAUACCAACCCGCCAACAGCACCGACGAGCACAUGGCCCACGAUCGCACCAAUGCCGCAGCCCAACCCAAGCACUGCGCUCGCUGCGGUCAGCUUCUCGACCUCGCCCCUGCUUCCGACGACACCUCACACCCCCAUGCUUCGUCCAGCUCCUCCAUGCCCGCGCCCAGCCCGUCCUCGUACGCUUUCGCACCCGACUCGGUCCGCUCCCACCACCGCAUUCAGCCGCAUCAGAGCCUCACCUCCGCCAUCAACGCUGCCGCUGCCGUAGCCCUCUCCCGACACCUCGGCACCAACGACGACAUCGUUGCGACAGAUUCGGACGGUCACGCCAUCUGCACGCAUUGCUCCGCUCAGCUCGCAGAUACAACCCAAGACCCCAGCCGCUCCACCAUCGUCGCAGCCGGCUCCCACGAGCAGCCAGCUUCUUCGGCCAAUCUCUCCGUGCCAUCAGCCCCAACGCGACACACAGAUACCCAGCACGCCCCUGAUCCGCAAAUCCCGGACACUGCGUCCGAACCGCCAAUCGCGUCCACCAGCUCCGACACCAACGGCCCUCAGAUUCACCUCACCAUCUCGGUCAACAACAUGGGGGCUGGCGGUGACGCUCCCAGAUCCCACUCCAUCGACGACGUCACUAUGCACGACCCUUCCGCCUUCCCUCCUCUCGAAAGAGCGCCAGCGUCCCCGACAUUGCGAGCGCCUUCCUCGCCCCCUUCCGUGGGCCGUUCGACAAGCCGUACCAGGAUUCGCUUCGCCGACGCCUCGACCCAUCGCCACCCUGCAGAUGCCAAUGGCGCCGAUCCUGCCACGCACACCGACGCCUUGGGUCGCUCCGGCAGCUUCUCCAGAAGCCUGAGCUACAAUGGUCCUGGACUCGGUCACGAGAGUGUAAGCGCUUCCUCUGCCCAAGUCGUCGUCAGCUUCCCUCCUGCCAAUGCAUCCGCCCUCGCACCAGAAUCCACGCCCGCUCUCAACGCGCAAGACACUCACAGCUUUGCACCGUCGCCCACUCCCUCUGCCGCCGCACUGGCGCCGUCUUCCCCGCAACAGUCAAGAUCGCGCAGCAGCAGCCACUUGCAGGCAUCGGGCACUUCACUCGCUGCCGCAUCGCAUGUGCAUGUCCCGGCGCCCGCCAACGCCAUCCCCGGCGGAGCCAAGCAACGUCGCCCUUCGUCGGCGCGCCGCUUAAGCCGCUCCGGCUCUUCCACCGGUCCAACUACGCUGCCAUUUGCUGCAGUCGGCGCGGAUCCAACUUCGGCCAAGGACGACGACCCCUACGGCCCGUCGGCCAUGACUCGGCCUCGACUCAGCUUGAUACCCAGGCACGUCAUUGCAGACACGCUCUACUAUUCCGCGCACGCACAGCGGCCCGCAUCGCUCGGCACCACCUCCACCUCCACCUCGCUCUCGGUGCCCUCGGCCGCGCUCGCACACACCUUCGACCCCACUCGCGCAGUCAAGUACCACACGGACCCGCUGGCGUUCCGCGACCCGAAGCCGGAGGAGGCGACGGGCGCAAAAGGCGCGGAUGCGGAGAAAGAAGCGUUGGGCGUGGCUGCCAAGUGGGGCGACGUGCGCUGGUUCGACCCGUACAAGCCCGACCCCCUCGCCGAGCUGUCGCGUCUGCGCACGCCGCCCAAGGGCCGCGGCUGCCUGUAUCCGGGUGCCACGUUCAACGGCACGCAAAAGUCGGGGCGCAACUCGUACGACGUGACGGUGCGCAUCGUCAACGUCGACCUCGAGGCGUCGCAUCUGUGCGGCUACCUCAACAUCCGCGGGCUCACCGAGGACUGGCCCGAGCUCACCACCUACUUUGACGCCGAGAUCAUCGGCGACCGGUAUGGAUUCGUGACGGGCAAGUGGGGUGCUACGGAGGCGGAUGAUCUCAAGCACUGGGCGCGGUUUCCGCCGUUCCGACCGCUGCGUUCGGCGCUGUCCAAGCCGGGGCUGAGGUUCCACCACGCCAACAAGCCGUUUGUGUUUAUGCGCUGGAAGGAGAAGUUCCUCGUGCCGGACCACCGCGUGCGCGACAUCAACGGCGCCAGCUUUGCGGGCUUCUACUAUGUCUGCGUCGAGCUGGGCGAGAGUGCCGCCCCGCCGGGUAGGGUCGAGGCGGAGGCGAGGCAGAGGAGCAACAGCAAUGUGUCGAUGACGAGUGCGAGCGGGCAUACAUUGUCGUCGGGCACGUCGCCGAUUCUGGCGCAGGGUGGUGGGGUGGGUGCGGGCACUUCGGUGUCGGGACCGCAGUGGUAUGCGGCGCGGACACAGCGACGUCGAGAGCUGUCGUUGUCUGCGCCGGGACAGCCGCAUUUGGCGCAUAUGUACCACCAACAGCAGCAGCAGGGUUCGGCCGGGUACGGUCCGCAGUCUCCACCGGCGCUACAGUCGGGGCCUGGAUUCUGGCCCGCUUCGCCCACGAGCCCGCACAUGCCGCUGCCGACCGACGAUCCCUUUGCAGGGCUGUGGGCCGAGGCCGAUGCGGAUUAUGACGAUUUGGGCGCGAGGGGCAAGAUGUCCGGGUUUUACUUUCACGAAAACUCGGAGCCGUACCAGCAGCUCAGUUUGCACCAUACGCCCGAAGCGUCGUCGUGUGCGUUCGAGAUGCGUUGA